AUGCUGUUGUGCGAGGAUAUUUUUCUAUGGGCAGCUCAUUGCGCCAUUUCUUUUUACAAAGAAGAGCACAAAGUUACGAAGGGCGGACGAAUAUGGGUGAAGCGCGAGCAGCAUCACAAGGCGCGCCAGCAACAGGAGCAGGGCGAUCCCGAAGCACCACAGUUAGACGAACUCAUACCUGACAAACUGGCUAGGGUCGAGGAUCCUCUAGAACAGGCUAUCAAGUUCCUGCAACCAUUAAGAACGCUCGCCGCAGAUAGGAUAGACACACAUUUAAUGGCCUUCGAAAUAUACUAUAGAAAAGACAAGCCCUUGCUGAUGCUGCAGAGCAUAAAGCGCGCGUUCCGGCUCGACAGCUCCCACCACCACCUGCACGACUGCCUGGUGCGGUUCCAGUGCUGGCUGGACGACAACCUCGCCAGUCUCAACCCCGCCGUAGCCGCCGUCAUCAACAAGGAGAUCGAACCCAUGGUGUCGGGUCGCAGCGCGCUGCAGAUGGCGGAGCAGUUCAUGUCGGAGCGCGGGUCGGCGUCGCAGGCGGCGGCGCUGUGGGGCGCGCGCGCGCUGCGGCGGCUGCGCGCGGCGGCGGGCGGCGCGGCGCUGGCGCACGCCACGGCGCUGCGCUACGCCGACGUGUCCAUCGCGGGCUGCGCCGAGGUGCUGGACGCGCUGCGCAGCGGCGACUUCGGCGCCUGCGAGGCCGAGCUGGCCGCCUACGUGGCGGCCUGCCGCGCGCGCUUCCCCUACGCGCGCGCCUUCCAGCCCGCGCCCGCGCCGGCCCGAGCCCGACACCGCGCCCGACACCGCGCCCGAGCCCGAGCCCGCCGACAACUGACGGGAAACCGCGCAUAUCGAUGA